GAAAAACCUGUGGGCCAGUCUCUUGUCUGCCUGCCUGUGCUAUUGGAAGGAGGAAGAGCAGUAGGGGUCAAGGGAAGAUGAAGCUUCUGUUCCUGUUGAUAGAGUUGUGGAUGAUUCUUGAGGUCACAGUAAAAAACACAGAAGCAGUAAAACAUCAUAAAAAGCACAAAGAAAGAAAUAUUACCAAACAGUUAUCGAUAAAAGACAGGAGGAUUUUGGCACAAAUAUUGGAAAGGAGAAAACUAUUAAAAAUAAUCAACCAAAAAGAAAAUGACUUUGUAAAUAGGAAGACCCAAAGCAAAGGAAAGAAAAAAGGAACUCAAGACACAAUUUCAUCACAGACACGUAUUAACAGUUUAAAAAGACAAAUAAAGAAAAAUCUAACUGUGGAAGGAGAUCGCCUUUUCGAAUUGGGCACCAGGAUGUUACACCAGUCCAAAACUCAGAAACAAAAAGAAGAAGCCUACCUAAUCUUUGCCAAAGCAGCUGACAAGGGAAAUUUGAAAGCUAUGGAGAAUAUGGCUGAUGCUUUGCUUUUUGGUGAUCUUCGUGCUCAGAACAUUUCAGCAGCUGUAGUCCUAUAUGAAUUUUUGGCAAAUGAAGGAUCUUAUAAAGCCCAAAAUGCAUUAGGAUUUCUAUCUUCAUAUGGAAUAGGCAUGGAAUAUAACCAAGCUAAGGCGCUGGUUUAUUAUACUUUUGGAAGUGCUGGAGGAAGCAUGAUAUCCCAAAUGAUUUUGGGGUACAGAUAUUUGUCAGGAAUCAGUGUUCUACAGAAUUGUGAAACUGCACUUUUCCAUUACAAGAAUGUAGCAAAUUAUAUUGCUGUUAAAUUGGAAAAGAAUGAAGGUGUCCCCAUAGAAAAAGUGACACUAGCUGAGAGACUUGAAAAUCUGAAUUCUAACAGUGAGAUUCUGGAUUGGGAUGUGUACCAAUACUAUAAAUUUUUGGCAGAAAGAGGAGAUACUCAGAUACAAGUAUCUCUCGGACAAUUACAUCUAACAGGACGAAAAGGAUUGGAACAGGAUUUCUAUCUCAUUUUACAGACAAGGAGACUGUGUCAAACAGGGUUAAGGGACUUGUCCAGAGUCUCACAGCUAAAAGCAUUAUACUACUUCUUGAAGGCGGCCAAGGCAGGAAGUGCAAAUGCCAUGGCAUUUCUGGGAAAGAUGUAUUUAGAAGGCAAUCCUGCAGUACCACAAAAUAAUGUCACUGCUUUAAAAUACUUUUCCAUGGCUGCUAAUAAGGGCAAUGCGAUUGGACUCCAUGGUCUCGGCCUUAUUUAUUUUCAUGGAAAAGGAGUUCCUGUGGAUUACGAUGAAGCUCUUAAAUUUUUUCAGAAAGCUGCCGAGAAAGGUUGGCCAAAUGCACAGUUUCAGUUAGGACUCAUGUAUUACUCUGGCUCUGGAGUAUGGAAGGAUUAUAAACUUGCCUUCAAAUAUUUUUACUUGGCAUCUCAGAGUGGACAACCCCUUGCCCUUUAUUAUUUGGCUGAAAUGUAUGCUACAGGAACCGGAGUGCUGAGAUCAUGCAGAACCGCAGUAGAGCUUUACAAGGGUGUUUGUGAACUGGGCGGCUGGGCUGAGAAAUUCCUGACAGCGUACUUUGCCUAUAAGGACGGUGAUAUAAAUUCAUCCCUUGUUCAAUAUGCACUGCUAGCGGAAAUGGGGUAUGAAGUAGCUCAAAGCAAUUCAGCAUUCAUUUUGGAAUCUAAAAAGGCUACCAUUCUUAAGAAAAACCAAAUGUACGCCAUGGCACUUCUCCUGUGGCACCGAGCUGCGGUUCAAGGCAAUGCACUUGCUAGAAUUAAAAUUGGAGAUUACCACUACUAUGGCUAUGGAACAAAGAGAGAUUAUAAAACAGCGGUGACUCAUUACAGCAUUGCAGUGGAUAAAUAUCACAGUGCCCAGGCCAUGUUCAAUCUGGCAUACAUGUGUGAGCAUGGCUUAGGGGUUUCAAAGGACAUUCAUUUGGCCAGAAGGUUAUACAAUUUGGCUGCUGAAACAAGUUCAGAUGCCCAUAUGCCAGUGUUCUUGGCGCACUUGAAACUAGAAGUGAUGCAUUUCAUCAAAGACGUUGUGUUUCAUAGCUUUCAUGUGAGCUGGAAAGAGGUGAAAGUGAACAUUAACCCCGGACCCUACUGGGAUUUAUUCAUUAUUGGUGCCCUCAUUGUUUCGCUGAUAUUAUUGCUUGGACACCGGCUAGUGUAAGGUAGCAAUCAAAUGAAAACCUGCUAGCAGUGUUCAUUCAUUUCUGGACGUAACUGCUUAAAACUCAACCAGCGAAAAACUGUCAAUCAUGUAAGAGCCUGCUAACGGAUUCCAUUCAUUCCUGGGAAUCUUCUCCUAAUAAAAAAAAUCCCCCACUUAAACACGUGUUUGCUAUAUAACUCCAAACAGCAAAUUCAGCCUCAUUUUAAAAGAAAGUUGGCAAAACCUGGCAACCAUUCUCGAAGGAAACACCUACAACAGUGCAACGUGCAUUGGGACUAAGAUUCAGAAGACCCGAGUUCUGUUCCAGCUUCUGCCAUUCUGUGAUCCUCAGAUUUCUCAUCUGCAAAAUCAGGAUAACCACCCUGCCUACUUCACAAAGUUAUUAUGAGGAUAAAGUGAGAAAAUGAUUGAAUAUGCUUUUUAAACUUAGUGCAAUGUAAAUAUCAGCUUUAUUAUCAUUAUCAUUAUUAAUCCAGCUCUGUAGAAGAACCUCCUGAACCACAAAUACCCAUUGUUUUUCCUUUUGAUUUUCCUUUAGACACCAUGGAAAGGCAUGCAGGGAGUGCUUCUAAAUGAUUUCCUAAUAUAAUGGACAUGUAGGACCAUGAAAGUUGAUAUGACUGUCAAAAUGGAGAAGGCAAACCUUUGGACUUCACACUAUAUGUAAUGCUCUCUCAGUGAGGGAAUUUGUGCUCUUUUGGGUUCUAGGAAAGUUCAAGUUCACAACAAGAGCAUUUGCUCAGUGGGUGCUCAUCUUUUCAGUUUAAUUGCUCCUUCCUUCCUCAAGGAGAAGACAGGAGAGAGACAGAGAAAGAGAGAGAGAGAGGCAGACAGAGAGGUAGAGAGAGAGAGGAGGGAGGGAGGAAGAGGGAGGGAGAGAGAGAAGGAAAGGAAGGGAGAGAAAGAGAGACAGACAGAGAGAGAGAAAGAGAUAGACAGAGAGAGACAGAGGGGGGGGGGAAGGAGGGAAAGAGAGAGAGAGACAGAGAGACAGAGAGACAGAGAGAGAGACAGAGGCAGAGAGAGAAACAGAGAGAGACAGAGAGAAGAACAGAAGAAUGUAUCAUGACAGUCAUUACAGGAGUAAUCAGUUGGUAGGAGGGGAAUGUGGUGAGCUGAAGGAAGUCUUCCCUGAAACUUUUAUCUUUGAGAACAAAAUGUUUGGAGGUUAAUCCUCUAGUAAUAUGGCCAUUGGGUAUGACUGUGGAAAAACAGGCAUAAUAGACUGGAUGGGAGAAGUUUAUAUUUCGGAGCCUCCCCAGGAGAAAUCCCACUGAUCUGGACUUCUAACCUUGCAAUUCAAUUUUACCAAUAAAUGUAUUUUAAUUU